AUUUGGUGAAUUUGACGAGUUUCCUCUUUCAAAUCCGUUUGAAACAAUCGUCUUCCUCCCAAUUGAUCGACUCGAGGACUGUGAUUUUCAGUCACGGAUUUCACUUCUCUCUCUAAAACUCACCACUGUUUCUCUCUCUAAAAAACUUGUUCGUCGGAGUUGCAGAAAAACUGGGUGGUUCUGUUUCUUCGAUCUGCCGCCAUGGCUGAAGUGACGAAGUACCAGCUCAUCAAUGGCGGAAAUCUGGUAUCAGACGUGAAGAGUCUCUUCUCCAUUCUUAAAACCAGGAGAACUAUGGCUUUUGCUUAUGGAUUCAUGUUGGCCUUCGUUGUUUUCACGGCCUUUUUGGCUUUUAACUCUUCUUCUACUUCUUCCUAUUUGCCUUCCUUCUCUAAUAUUUUCAGUGGGAGGAACUUUGUGGGGUCUAAUUCCUCUAAUCGAGGUUCUGGAUUUCUUUCUUACCUUUUUCCUAACGGUUCAGUCCAGCAGAGUAAUCCGGCGAUCCCUCCUAUGGCGCCGGAGGGUGAUUUGCCUAGAUCUAGUAAUGUGACGGCUCCGCCUCGGCCGUCGACUGUUGAGAAAGAGCCGCCGCGUGUGAAGAACCGUACGGAAGAAUCGGUACUGGUAAACAGUCCACCGCCUGGGAAUCAGACGCUGGAUUCUGCAGUUUCGCCUCCGCCUCGAACUCAACAGCCGAGGGGAACAGUGAAGAAUGACACUCAAUCUACACCGGUUCCUGAUGUUACGAACUCGAAUCGAACUGAAUCGCCAAAAUCCCCUCCGGUGGUGGAUGAUCAGGUUAAUGGUUCGGUGCUGAAAUCGAAUCCAUUGAAGAACGGAAGUUCUAGUGCGGUGGAGAAGAAUGUACCGACGAAUUCAGAUUCAGAUUCUGGUGAAUCUGUGAACCAGAAUGAUUGGUUCGAGUCUUUGAAGAAUUGUGAUUUUUUCGAUGGAGAAUGGGUGCCAGAUGAUUCUUAUCCACUUUAUAAACCUGGUUCUUGUUUGCUGAUUGAUGAACAAUUCAAUUGCUAUUUGAAUGCCAGGCCUGAUAAGAAUUAUCAGAAACUUAGAUGGAAGCCCAAGAAGUGCGAUCUCCCAAGGUUGGAUGGAGGUAGAAUGUUGGAUAUGUUGAAAGGGAAGAGAUUAGUUUUCGUGGGCGAUUCGCUGAAUCGAAACAUGUGGGAAUCGCUUGUUUGUAUAUUAAGAAACUCUGUUAAAGAUCAAACUAAGGUGUUUGAAGCCAAUGGAAGGCAGGUUUUCAGAGGGGAAGCAGCCUACUCUUUCAUAUUUAAGGAUUAUAACUUCACUGUAGAGUUCUUUGUGUCUCCCUUCUUAGUCCGAGAAUGGGAGACACCGGACAAGAACGGUAAAAAGAAGGAAACGUUGCGUCUCGAUUUGGUCGGGAAGUCGUCCGAUCAGUACAAAGAAGCUGAUAUAAUUGUCUUCAACACUGGUCACUGGUGGACUCAUGACAAAACUGCAAAAGGGAAGGAUUAUUACCAAGAAGGGAGCCAUGUUUAUGAAGAUUUGAAUGUUCUUGAGGCAUUUCGAAAGGCUAUGACGACGUGGGCGAGAUGGGUUGAUAAGAACAUAAAUCCAAUGAAGUCCAUUGUGUUCUUCAGGGGCUACUCAGCAACCCAUUUCAGCGGAGGCCAGUGGAACUCCGGUGGACAAUGCAACAGUGCGAUUGAGCCGAUCAAGAACGAGACAUAUCUGCGACGGUAUCCGAAGAAGAUGGUUGUUCUGGAGAAGGUAUUGAGAGGGAUGAAAACUCAUGUCACAUAUCUAAACAUUACGAAGAUGACGGAUUUUCGGAAGGACGGGCACCCGUCGAUCUACCGGAAGCAAAAGCUAACGGAAGAAGAGAGGAGAUCGCCAUUGAGAUUCCAGGACUGCAGCCAUUGGUGUCUUCCUGGUGUUCCUGAUACAUGGAAUGAGAUUCUAUAUGCAGAACUGUUAUUGAAACAGCAAAGAAGAACAUAAAGAGGCACAAAGAAAAGAAAGUAAGUACAUAUGUUUAUUGGGUUAAGUUCAUAUCAUAUCAAAGAUUUAAAAGAUUAGCGUUUCUUUUUUUUCUGAAUUUUUUUUGGAAUCAUAUAGAAAAGGAUCAAACAACAAAGAGUUGAUAUGAAUUCUUUUGGUUCUACAAUAAUCAAUGAGAGUAGGAUGAUAUAGAAACGAAGUUUGUGUUCUUGAGGAUCA